UUGACCUAAAAAGGAUGUCACGGCAUAGUUGGAUUGUUAUACGACGAGAAAAAAGCGCACCCGUUACGCACUGAGCUUAAAAGUUAUCGGAUGCGCAUAAGGUACACGACAACUUAGCUGAGACCAAGGUACCCGAGAGGAUUAUAACUGUAAAAGAAGAAAUAAAGAGACCGCUCGGGAUAGUCCAUUUCUCUUCACGAGGCAACGGUGCUGCGUCGGGAUUCUUUACGUUACGUUAUUGCCUGUGAACCUCUGAAAAAGACUCAGAAAAGAGCCGAGUACAAAUGCACAGAAACGCAGGAUGACUCCUUGCAGAACCGCAGGAAAAUGCGAUGGCAUGUUCAGCGCCUGCAUAAAACAUUCGUGGACCAAACGAUAAAGUGUUGGUACAAGCAAGACGACGCGUAACUACAACUUCGAUAAAUUUGUGAAUUUGUGUCAAGACAGACAUAAAGAUAUUAAAGAUGUCGGCGCAGGAAUAAUCAUUGGGAUGUCCUUACGGUCGUCCUUAUAGCGUAUAUUGUGCAACAAAGUAAUAAGUAAGUCUCUAACCAAGUAGCUGACGGUUGGUGCUAGUUACGUACAAUAUCUUAAGUCAGCAAGAACGAUCAACUCGGAAUCACACAUUGGUGAAAAUAUGAUCGGUCAGUCGUUUUAAAAUGGGAUUAUUUCCAGUGCGUUUGUAUAGAGGAAUUUAAUAUUUACGGCUACGGAAGUAAUGUCUACAGGUCGCUACUUCCCUCUAGCAUCUUCUCAUUGCCUCUAAUGACGCUCGUGAUAUGAACGUCAACUCAAAUUCUUCAUGAGUCCUACAGUGCCGGACUUGCAGCUCGCCAUGUGUUUAUUGAUUUUAUUCCUACCGGUAGCCGUAACGGGCCAAGCAAGGCGCCUCAGUUUUUCUAUUCAGCCUAACCAAGGUGGGAACCCCAUGGUGGUGAACGGACAGUCAGUAUUCUUGUUCCGAAAACCACCUAGAUUGCGGGCAAGUUUUCGGAUAGCAAAUGCCAUACUGCAUUUUCGCGUAAUACAACCCAGUGAGUCUUCACCAGUGAAGAUCACCUCGCCAGUUGCGACCUCGAUACUGCCGCUUCGUCUAGACGAAUCUAUGCAUCAGCAAAAAAAUAAGCCGUCACAUCGGGACACCCUUAGCGUUUGGAUAUGUAUAUUUGAAUUAGUCAGUCAUUACAGAGUGACAGGGAAGAAAUUUAGCGAAUUGGUGUUGCUUCGACGAGCAGAACUUUCUAUGAGGGGCGCUCCGGACCCACGGUCCCUACAGGUUGACCUGACAGAUCGGGUUGCCCGUUGGCUGCGGAAGCGGAAGGAACUACGCCUUCUGGUUGACUGCAUAGGCUGCGUCAGGGGGUUCCACAUCGAAAGCAACAAUGCUAUGGGGCAGCCUCGCAUCGAACUGAACAUGGAGGAAGAUCCUCGUGAUAAUCUUCGAAGAAAGCGGCACCGUCACCUGAGUUUCCCAACGAGAGAUCCAGCCUGUGUAAACGGACAGGGAUGCUGCAAACGAAAACUCUACAUCGACUUCCGAGCGUUAGGGUGGGAUUCGUGGAUCAUUGCGCCCGUCGGAUACAAUGCUAACUAUUGCAACGGCAGUUGCAAUAGUAUUUCACGAACGCCAGACACAUUCAGUUCACAUUACUCCUACAUCAUGGAUAGAUAUCGUCGACAAAAGUCUAAUAUUGCUCCGGCUUGUUGUGUGCCCACGCGCCUAAGAGCCAUGAGUCUCAUCUACUACGAUCGGAAGGGCCAGCUCGUCAAGGCCGAUGUACCGAACAUGAUCGUCGAUGAAUGUGGCUGCGCGUAGACUAGUCCUUGAGGGAAUGGACAUGGCUCCAUAUAUAUGACGUAAUCAGCAGGACGAACGUUUUCAGCUCACCUUAAACGUUAGAGGUGUUUUAAUGUCAAUGACAACUUCGUAAGGAUUGUCAACAAAUCGCGAAUCCUCGUCGUCGGGCAGUUGUGCG